AUGCCAGAGCAUCACUUAACCUGCUUACCCCAUCAACCCUACAGUGCGCCCAGGCAUGGAGACCUCCUCAUCGAUCUCUACUAUUUGGAUCCUGAAACACCAAUGAUGGAGUUCAAAUCGGACUACAGUUGUACCGCGAAUGGAAAUGGAGUCAAAAUCCCUCUCUUCAUUGCAGGACCGCUGAUGCUCCUACGUAGUAGGCAAGGCGAAGAGAUUGCUAACAAUACAGAGUCAUUUCUGAAUCGUAUUUCUGGUCGUCCCUCCUUCAACCCAACUCCUGAGUGCUGUCAAUGUGAGGUGUGUCAAGAGGUGAGGUGGCUCCUCAAGGACUGCCGAUGCUUUGAUGACUGCCAAUCUCGAUGGUGUUCACGGGACAGUGUCUUCCUCUUUGAAAUCUUGAAAGAGGUGUUGAGUCGACUAAAGAAGAAACUACUGCCCUACUCUCUAUUCCAUCAUGACUACGUCAAUAUGAAUCAGUUUUACAUUUCUCGAGUUCUUUGCCCCGACACGGAGAAGGAUUUGACCGUAUUGGCUUUGGAGUUUGACACUUUCGUGAAGAUGCAAUCCUUCUUCAUUCUCGAUGCCACAAAAACACCAGACAUUUACACAAACGUCUUCUGUUGCCUAAUGACAAACCUCAUUCGCAUGCUUCGAGCCUACGUAGAAGGUGAGCUGAGAUGUGCGGAGGGCGAUCCAAGUGAUCCGGACUACAUUUUCCGUGCCAUCAGAUUGUUUCCCACCGAGAUGUCGAGGGCAAUGUCUGUUCUCGCCUCUGCCCUCUCACCACGUGUAAUUGACCUGAAGAAGUACUACUACGUGCCCUGCGAUAGCGCGACAUUCAUGUCGUCGCGAGACGAGCAGGACAGGUACUUGUGGUCAGCAACGAACUGUAUGCGCAGCCUCUUGGUGAUAAAUGCCAUCGAGCCCUUCGACAGAUGCGCCGAGCAUCAGGUGUGGGAGGUAAUCCUCUCGAAUCCGGCUGUUAAGGAUCUUGUGGACGUCAUAAACACCGUUUGA